UUCUUCUUCUUCUUCUCUUCUUUCUCCAUAUAUUCACCAUUUAUAUUCUUCUUACCAUGGAUAUCAACCACAUUAAACUCACUACCUCCACUUGGGAACCAACCAUGUCCAAUAUGGACAACGAACAUGUCUUCCGCGACCAACAACAACCAUGCUUGUCCAGUAUACCAAACGACCAUGUCUACCACAACCAUCAACAACAACAACAACAACAAUUUCAUUUCGAACAUAACCCUAUUUGGCCUAGUUUUCCUCUUCAAAACCCUCAACACCAUCACCUCCCCUCUUCCUCAAGCCAACAACAACAACAACAACAAGAAGUUGUUCCUUUUGCUCAUGUUUUAAACAACCAUGUUCAAACACUAAUAGAGGAUCAUAACGAUCAAGAACACAAUGAUCAAGAUGAAGAUGAAGAAGAAGAAGAGGAGCUAGGAGCCAUGAAAGAAAUGAUGUUCAAAAUUGCAUCUAUGCAACCAGUAGAUAUUGAUCCAUCCACUAUUCGAAAACCUAAAAGACGAAACGUACGUAUUAGCAACGAUCCACAAAGCGUAGCAGCCAGGCUUCGCCGCGAAAGAAUAAGUGAAAAAAUAAGGAUCUUGCAAAGAUUAGUCCCCGGUGGAACAAAAAUGGACACUGCAUCCAUGUUAGACGAAGCAAUUCGCUAUGUUAAGUUCUUAAAAAGGCAAAUCCGUAACUUACAAUCAUCAAAUCAUAACCUCCCACCAACACAGAUAUCAGGACCGUCAUGCCCUAAUAAUGAAAAUUGGGCAAAUAUUGUCACACCAAGUACAAAAGGUCUAAUUCUUGGCUCAUCUAGUAAUGUUACAACUUUUGUUGGUAACACUACAUCGGAUCCUACUUAUGAGGUAAUUGGUAAUUGA